AUGAUUAUAUUUUUAAUCAUUACAUUAUGCUCUAUAAGUUUAUCUUUGAAAUGUACUGUUGAUACUAUUGGAAAUUCUACAUGUUCAUGUUCGUGUAUAGACACACCCAUGGAUGAAGAAGAUGUUAAUGAGUGUCUUUUUGUUAACACAGAAGAAUGCACAGAAGGACUCAAACUAAUUGUUGAGACUGAUUUGGACACUCUUGAAUUGGGUAAUUUAUUUUUGUACACACAAAUUGACACUGAAAUAGAACCGGAAACUUUAGAAAACAAAGAACUGACUGAAAUAAAGUAUUUGGAAAUACGGCACAAAACCACAUUAGAUGACACCAAAAUAAUAACAAUUACUAACUCACCCAACGAACAUGCUUCUGUAUCGUUCUUGAACACCAAAAUAAUUGGAAGUUACAAAAUAUCAUAUAUAUCUCUUGGAUAUGCUUCUUCUGUUAUUCUUGAAAAUACGUUUGGAUAUUUUAAAGAUUCCUUUGCAUAUAAUGUAACUUCAAAUUUAAGUGGAAUCUUCAUGAUAACAAUGGACUCUGGAGUUACUUCAAUUGGCGGUUUCAGUUACUUUGUAAACAAUUCUCAUGUCAGGUGGUCGACCAUUUCGGGACUUGAGAAGUUGUGCACAUACUCAGAAAGUGGCAAAUACAUAGAAAUAGAAUGUGAUACUAUUAAACAUGACAGAAUGACUCUUGUUGUGACAGAAAGCAUUUUUACACCCAUUGAUAUAACUAAAGGUCCAUGGCUCUCAGUUCAAUUUAAAAAUGCUUCAGUGACUAUAAACACACCAAAUCCAGACAAUCAAGAGUUGUAUAUUAAUGGUACAGAACAAUCUGAAAUUAUAUUUGCUGGAACUUUCCAUAUAAUGGGUGGACUGACUUCAUUCUACAAAUUCUCGUUUGUACCAAGUAGUUCAAACAUAAUUGAUUCGUCGUUAUUCAACGUGACAAUAAUUAAUCUUUCAGAUGAUAGCACAAAAAUUUUAUAUUUGGGAAUUAAUGAAACAACAACGGCAACGACCCAAGACAAUUACCCGUUGUAUUCAGUCCAACUCAGUGCAAUAUAUUAUAGAGUUACCACAGACAGAAACUACAUCUACUGCACAAGUUCAACUGGAACCGAAUUUGAAGAGGAUGACUGCAACUCAGAGCUGAUGACUGAUGAAAACAAGAUGACUCUGAAAUACACUGGCGACCAAAAGACACUUCCACAUAUCAAUAAUCACAAGUCGUUUUUGACGUACGAAUUUAAAGAGAGUGAUAACGUGGACACUAUUGAAGACUACACUUUUAAUACAUUAACUGUUAAUUCCAAAAAUAUAUAUUUAACUUCUGUGAAUAUUGAUACGUUGACUAUUUUAGAGAAAUUUGAAUAUGGUACCUGCUUUACUGGAACAACAGGAAGUGUGGUGAGUAAUUUCAUUAAAACUUCAAGUGCGGGAUAUAUUCUUCAUGAUGGAUCUUUAGUCAACGAAAAAACAAACAUAGUCGGGGAAAAUAUCAACACUCAGACUUACUACAGAGCUUUGGGAGAGUUGUGCAAAUUUGGGACAAAAUGUGAAUUGACAUGUGACACUGGGUCGUGCACUUUUAUUCAACCAGACUGUGAAGAGUAUACCACUGGAAACAAAGUUACUUUAGUUGUUGGGGAUGGGACAACAAUAAUAAAUUCUAUCGGCUCAAAAGGUGUUAAAGUGUGGAAUUAUGAUGUUUGUGAUUUGAGUGCUGCCGGUGACUUGACAAUAUCAAGUGAUUUACAUUUGACUUGUGAAGAGGUGUCUAAUGGAAAUAAAGCACUCGUGAUAGUCAGUGGAGCAAUUAAUAUCACAAAGUACACAUCUACUGCAACUGAAAUAUCACUUCUUUCGAGUGUACCAAAUCAAAUUGUAUUGACUAAUACCAAUUUUAUUUGGGUAUACAAAGAUGGGAAGGAUGACGAGUUUUGUUUCCAAAUAUCAGAAAAUUACUAUCGUUGCACAAAAACUGCUAAUGUCGAUUUAACAAGUUGCGUGUUUUCAACAAAAACAACAACAAACUAUGUAGAUUGCGUACAGGAAAAUACACGACAUGUCGACUUAAAUCGAAUGACUGUAACACUGGAUGAAUACACAACUUAUGACCAAGAAACGACAUUUAAUCAACUUAUCCUAAUUGGAAAGACAACAAGUUGCAGAAUUACAGCGUCGACAUUAACAGUGGCAAGUAGAGUCGAUGUGUCGGCGUGUGACUUUUUUAAAGUCCAAUUUAAAACAAGCAAAAGCGUUGAAAUGAAAACAGCAUCUGUUGCAAGUGGAUUCAUCACUGUUGAUAACGAUUUAAUUUUUUUGAAUGCAAGUGAUGUAACCUCUGUGUCUAUUUUAAGUAAUAAACAUAUCACUGGUAUAUUAGAAUCAAGUGGUAUUGAAAAUGUGAUAAGAGACAACACCGGAAAUGAAGUGCAAUACUUUUACACCAAUACUUUAAAGUGCACUUUUACUGAAAAGGAAUUUGCAGAGUUUACUGUAUGUUAUUAUAUUCUUUAUUAUAAAACAAUAUCAGUGGAGGUUCCAACAACAAACACUGUUGUUAUAGAUGCAAAAGAAGGAAGAGUGUUCAAAGACAUUGUUAAUGUUCCAACCACUGGCACUCUUGAACAACCAAACUUAUCUAUUAUGACUUUAUCUGUUGAAAGUACUGGAUUAUCAAUUACUUUAAAUGAAAUAAAUGAUCUGACUUUGGACCAACCUUGCUGUUUUAUUGCCAAGAAAGUAACAAAUCUCAAUGUAAAUUCUCUUGGGUGUUAUAUCACAAUUGAUAAUGUCGAAUCUUCAGUGAAUUUUGAAACGACGGAUAUUUAUUUUAACGGUGAAAUAACGACAACAGUAGAUGUAAAUAAAGUACAAGUUCACAAUACGUAUCAUCGAUAUGGCACAAUAUCGAAAGACUGCACAAUAGAAACAAGUGGAGUGUAUAAAGAAUAUGAUUGUAAUGAUAAAGACAGAGUGGAUACUGAAAUGUAUAUGAAAUAUGUUACUUCAUUUAAUGUAGAAUCAAUGGCAAAACCAUUUUUAAUGUGUUCAAUUGAAAAGGACGGACUCGUGUUGAGCGAAUUGAAGUGCAAAACAACAAUUAUUAAAAUAGACACUUUUACCAUAACAAAUUCUAAUUUGGGUUUACUUGAUAUUAACGAAGUUGAUAACACAGCGAGAUUGAUUGAUGGAGAGACAACUCAUGUGAUGGAUGUUUUAACUUUGGCCACUUCAGAUAAACCAAUUUUCUAUGGUAUCACACCAUUAACUAUUAAUGGAACAAAUCCUAACUUGGUAUCACAAAUAAUUACCUCCAAGCACGUCAGGUAUUUCGGAAACAAAAACUCACAUACAAAAUGUGUAUAUGACACGGCUAACACGUUUGAUAUCAAUGAUUGUAACACAGAUGCGUCAAUUGGGUUGGAUUUGACGAUAAAAAUAAACGGAUACAACUUCCCGGUUUUCAAAUUCAAUACGAUUGUUACAACAACUGAAGUUGACACAAUUAAGUCUUUAAAUGCAACCACUUUUACGCCAUUUGCUUCUUUUGAUAAGUUGACAAUAAGUGACGUUAUGACGGUGGACACAUUGGAAUUGUCUUCGACAUAUAAGUAUCUCUAUAUUUCAACGGGAAAAGAGACGCCAUCUAUCAUCAAAGCGAUAACGGGCGGACUUGAUCCAAUUUUCAUUGGGAAUGCGGAUGUACCAACUGAUUUUUCUUUUGUAAAUAUAUUGACAAACAAAAAUCGAUAUUUUAGAGGUGUGUCACAUUUGAAUUGUAACUGUAAAACUACAGACACGUUCAAAGAGUGGGAUUGUGACAAUGAUGACGAUAUCAGUAUGAAAGGAAUUGAAUGUACUGACGAGACAAUUCAACAAUUUACAAUACCAGCAACUUCAUCUAAUAAAUUCAAAUCAGCAACAAUUUCAAGGUCUUUGAAGUUGUAUAAUAUAAACGUCAGUACACUUUAUAUAAACAAUGAGAGUUAUACGGUUGAAGGAAGGGCAGAUAACAUAAUUGUUCAGAAGGAACAUAAAGAUGGUACUUACAAAGGUACUAUGGGAAGUAUAUCAGCAAAUGACACUAGUUUUAACAAUGAAUUAACUCAUUAUUUAACAAACAGUGCCGAAGAAUUAACUCCAAACAUCAACGGAAUUUAUUUCAUUAAAAUUAAAGACAUGAAAUACAGAGUUUCUACGUUUAACAAGUAUUACUGCACUUAUAAAAAUGACGUUGAAGGUAAAGCAACAUAUUUCGAAUCAGAUUGUUUGUAUUCUUCUGAUCAACAAAUUUUGAAGAUCGGUGAGACGGUGCCACUGGAAACAACGUCAUUUGCACUGGCUGGGAAAAGUGUUCGACCAUUUAUCGCACUUGAAACGACACAAAACGUUUUGAAUAUCAAAACCGUCAAUUUGACACUUUUGGAAGGAAACAGUUCAAUUGGAAAGAUGCAAUACACGGUGGGAUAUAUCGAGACUUUCCAGCCUGUUCAAGGUCUUGAAUAUACAAUUAGUUCAACUAUUAACAAUGUUGUUAUCAACUACCAACAAACUGAUUCGUAUAUAAACGGAAGUGUGAAUACGGUCACAAAUGCAGAUUCGAUUGUCUCUCAUGUUCUUUUUGUAUUGAAUUCUGUCAACACCCCGACUAUUACAAACACCAAAAUUGGAGAGAAUUUGUAUAGAAUAAGUUCAAAAUUAUCUAUAACUCAGAACACCAAUGACCAAUGUGUAUUACCUUUAUACACAAAUUCAUUAUACAAAUUUCCUUUAGAAGGAAAUUUGUAUAAUGAGUUUGAUUGCAACAAAUAUGCGGAAGACGGAAAUAACAUGUUAAAGUUGAUAUCUGAAAAACAGGAAGUUGAUGUCACAUUGUAUCAUCUUAAAUCAUUCAAUGAAGCAUCUUUAUUGAAAGCUACGAAUAUUAAAGGUCUAAUUGUUAAAACUCUAACCACAAAUGAAAACUCUAUCAUUUUUGAUAGCUGUGACAUUACCUCGAUAACUUUCACUGAGCCAAUCAUAAAGCAAUACUUCUUCAAAAAUUCUAAAAUAGAUAGUUACAAUGGAAAAUUGAACCCAAUAUUUGUACUUGAUGAAGACUCAUACAAUAAAUACGUGGAAGCUUCUUCGAAUUUAAAGGUUACACUUAUUUCAACAGAUCCAAUGUUAUAUAGAGCAAAAAAGGAUGUAGUUGAUACAAUAUGCACAAUUUCUACAUUAAACGGGUUUGAUGAAUGGGAUUGUAACAAAUAUGUUGAAACCAAUCCAAGUGAUGCGUUAAUGACACUUCAUGUUCAAAGUAACGGAAAUGAAAUACCAACAAAGGUGCUUCAUUUUAAGACCGUUGUUUUUGCUAAUGAUUCAUUUUACGAUUUGUCUUACAAAAAAAUAAGUUCUUCUGUUAUGAAACUUGAUACAUUCAGUUUGCUAUCCACAAAUUCAAAAAUCUAUUUCAACAUGAAAGUUGAAUUGGAUACACUUGAUAUUAGCAAAACAGUUGACCAAACAUACGCAUUUGUCGUAUUCAAUAAAGGUCUGGACUUGGCAAAGAAAACUGGCACAUCAACAUCAAACUAUUUUGCCUUGUUAGGUGGAAGUACUUCACUAUCUUCAAGUGCACCAUUAAAGUCAGUGACAAUAUAUGAAGGAUAUAGUAGAAUUACCGAUAUUGACACACUGAGUUGUACUUAUAACAAAAUAGAAAACACAUUUGAUGAACUUGAUUGUCGAAGUGAGAAUUCGAAUGAAAAGUACUACAAAUUCACAUCUUCUAAUUUUAUACUAAAAAUUGUUGACACUGAAAUAACUUAUUCACUCCAAUCAACACACUUUAAAUCAAUGGUAUAUCCACUUGAUGAAACAAAUAAUACAUUUACUUUACAAAUGGGUUCAAAGCAACUUACUUUUGACACUCUUGAAAUCAGAGGCAUCCCAUCGAUAGAUAGUCAAGUCACUGUGAAUUCUGAAAUUAAAUUUGACCAAACAAUCGGCUCCGAUUUUAUGAACCGAAUGAUUUCUUUCAAUUUUGGGACUGCAAUACGCCUUCUAGUUAAGACUUCAUCAACAGACACUUACACUGAAACCACGACAGUUGCAGAUACUUCAAUUCCUUUGUUUACAGGAACACUCAGUGGCAAACAGCCAUCAUUUUUAAAUAAAGAUUCAUGUCAAACGAGUGUGUAUUACUUUAAAACUAGUCUCUCAAACUGUUUUUGUAUCUUAACUGGAAACACACUCGACAAAAAUAUCAAUUCAUUUGAAAGUGAAACUGCAAAAGAUUGUAUUUCCGAUUCGGCAACUACUAUAUUUACUUUACAAGUACCAGAAACUGUAACUACUGUAAAUGUUGCAAGAGAAACGUCAUCUUUUGAUCGACUUGUUUUGAAAAACGAUCAGGGAGUGACAUUUAAUAAAGAUACUACAAUGACUGGAAAUGUUGUUAUUUCAUUCACAUCACUUGAAAUAAACAGUCCUUUCUUCUUCAAUGAAGGUGUUGUAGUGCAUAUCACCAAAUUCACUUUUGGUGCAAAUGGAUUUCUGAGACUCAUAACAACGGAUGCAACCACAUUUCCUUCAACGUAUCCAAGUGCUGGUAUUUUAAUUAUCAGAAACGGAAUAACACAAUCAUCCCCACCAACAAAUGCAAAAACAUGCUCUACGAUGACAAAUGGUGAUAUUCGUUAUGUUUUACAUGAUAAAGUAACAGAUGAUACAGAUGAUGGUUGUUUGUGUCUAAAUCAACUUGCUGACUGUAAAUAUAAGGACUUUUCAACAUAUUACAAUAUAAAGGUAUCAUCUUCUUUGAGUCUCGAGAGUGAUUUUAAUACAUUUGUAUUUGACUUACCAAAUCCACAGACUGUAUUGACAAUAUCUUCAUUGAAAAGCGUGACUGUAGAUACCAUGAAUAUAAUUAAUAUUAGAAAUUUGGCUCAAGUCAUUGUGAGUGGAGAAGUUAAAGUGAAAAAAUUGUAUAACCAAGAGGUUUACAUACUAUUUGAAAAUUAUAUACCUGAUGAACUCUAUCCUGUUUCAUCAACUGAAGCUUAUAAAUUCAACUCAAUUUUAAAUGGAAUCAGUGGUGAUGUUUAUUAUAGUGGCAAUUGUGGAAUAGACGGAGGCCAUUAUUAUAGGAAUGUAUAUGGUUCAGGUGUACCAAAUUGUAGUUGUUACUUCAAUUCAAUGUACCCCGACUGUCGAAAUAAACCAAACAAUUUUGACUUGAAAUUGGAUGUACCGAAAAAUGGAGAAUUCCCAAUCACGUUGAAAUGGAAGAGCAUUGAUGUUAUAAACAUUGAUACAACUCCGUUGAAUUUAAUUACUUUAUCUGCAGAUGGAAACACUUUCAUUGUCGGGAAUAAGAACUUCAAAAUAUCAUCAACACCAAGUAGAGAAGCAACACUAUUAUUUGGUAACACCAACACCGCAUAUGUCGAAACCAGUGGAGUUAAUGUUGUUAUAAACGCACCCACCGAAGUUACAUAUCCUCUUUUUGUGUCAACAGAUUUGAUUAAUACGUUAAACUCAAUUAAGUGCAAUGCAGUGUAUAGGUACUUUGCUUCUGGAUCAACUCAACACUGCGACUGCACACUUGUAAGUCAAGACGGUCAGUUGAAUAGUCUUGACUGUGCGUUCCAAAGCACCAAUUAUAACGCAAUAACAACACUCAGUUCUAUAACAAUAAAGAACAAUUGGUAUUCACUUACAACUUCAAGUACAGGUACUUUGACAAUUAAUCUGGAUUCAAAAUAUAUCACUUCCAUAUACACAAAGUGUGAGACAUACAUCACAGGAAAUUCCUCGGGCCCUUCUCAAAUAAUUCCAGAUGGAAAUUAUUAUGUCAGAGUAGAUUUAGCAACAACAAGUACACAAAUGACAGUAAAUAUUGAUAACUGCAAAAAGUAUUGUCUCACAUAUGUCAAAGGCGUCGCUGCACCUAACACACAAUGUGGUGCAGACAAUUUUAGAGUAUCUCAAAACUUAAACUGUUAUUGCUCAAUACAAGCUGGUGGUAAUUUAUAUGACGAGUCUGAUUGUAACCACGACUCUGAUCUCUUUUCGUAUGACUUGUAUGUGUCCAUACAAAAUUUGGACUUAAAACAAGCGAAGAAAUAUAAUAAAUUACUAUUCUCUGAUACCAGUGAACAUAUUCUCACAUCAAGUCAAAAGAUUGAAUUUACUCAAUUUGACGUCAACAACAAAGUAACACUGAAUAUAGUAGAUUUUGUGAUAAUGAAUUUGGUCCAAAAGGAUACAGAAAAGACUAUCACUAUCACUUCUUAUGGAACGAUUACCAAUUUGACACCAAUAGCAUCUGGAUUUGUUUUGUAUACAAACAAAAAUACCGAACAGAAAUUGACUGUCACAAAUAUCGUGAAUGCGCCAACUCAAUGUUUUGAUGUUGUUCUUUCUGGUGCAACAAAUCUUGUUCAUACAAAGGUAGUCACACUCAACUCCAAACAAACUAUCAGAACCAAUGAAUGCACCGAUUCGGACGAUCUUAUUUGUUAUUUAACAACAGAAACAGAUGACUAUGACAAACAGUUUUCAACUAUUAAUUGUCCCUGUGAUGUCUCCAAUUCUGAAGAAACGGUAAAGUGUCAAAUUAGAGUACAAAACGACAAUUUCAGAACAUUUGUGAUGGAUCACAAUAUUAAUGCAACAUUUAAGGUCGAUAAAAAUUUGAUAAUUUCUUCAAGUAAAACCACUCAAUUACAAAUACAGAGUCUGGUAUCAUCAACCGAUUUAAUAACAAUCAAUGCAAAUAACGGAUUAUCAAUUGAAUCUUUGACCAUUUCCAAACAAACAACUAUCAGCGGAAAUGUUGAUAUUAAGAGAAGUAUGGGGAGGUAUGGUGUUAUUUUGAAAGAUAACACAAUGGAAAUUACUCUCACGAACUUCCAAUUUAGUUCGAUUUUUACAACAUCAACACAAAGUAUUGUUUUCCCAUAUAUUAUCAAAUCCGGUGCUGAAAGUUUUGAUUUGAACUGUAUUAAGUGUAUUUUGGAAGGAAGACAAACAAUUGAUAAUUUGUAUAUUGGAAAUGGGAAUGAAUAUACAGUUGAUGAAACUAACACAAACACAGAAAUAUCAACUAUUAAUAAUAUAAUACUUCUUGAUACCGGCACAUUAGUCAAAUUGAUGAUUAAUGGUGCUGUCAACUUCGGUAAUAUACAUUCACCAAACACCAUUUACUAUCCAAUUGUUAUAUCAAACUUAAAUAAGCCGGAGUUAGUCACUGUAACAACAAAUUCUGCAGUUCAAAAAAUGUGCAAUGGACUUCUUGUGUUUGGAACCAAUUUUGAUCAAAAACAAUUCUGUUAUUCAAAUGAUAUUAAAACAAUUCUUUCCUCGGAUGAUGUAAUGUGCACAAGUACAUCCACCCAAUGUAUAUUAGAACUAAUUUCACCUUCUGGUAGCAUCACUUCUUCAAUCACUCAAAAUUACGAUUCGGUGAUAUGUAAAACUUCAGUAUGUACCAUUGCAUCAUUGGGAGAGAAUGUGAAGAAACUGAAUUUGAUUGGAGAGAAUGGAAAGAACAACAAAUUUGUUCUACCAGAAUUCACGGAGUCCAGGUUUGUAAUAAGAGCUUCUAACUGUUACUUAGAGUUAAAAGGCAAAACACAAGUAAGUGCAGAUACAUCUGUCACGAUUGUUUCUUCAAUUGGAGUUUUAACAUUGUAUUCAACUAAACUGGAUGCUAUUCUAAGUGCAGACAAUGUUGAUAUAUAUGGAGAUGUCGUUAUACUAAAUGGAAUGAAUGUGAAUACUUUGUUAAAUCUAAAGAGUGGUUCUUUGAAAAUCGGAGGGGAGCUAGGGUUUGUUGGAUUAACCGUUGAAUCCAAAUUUGGAGCACUUAGAGCGACGACUUUGAGCCAAACAACAACAGGUGUAAUUAGUGCUUCAAAGUAUUACAAUCACUAUGCAGACAAUUAUAUUAACUGUGCACCAAUCAACUCUGUUUUAACUACAAACAACAACCAAAAGUCAUUCAAAUGUUACACAACUAAUGUUGAAGGCAUCGAUUUAAUGAAUGACAACUCAUACAUGAAUCAUAUCGAACAAAACUGUAAGAGUUUGUUACUACCAAUUUCAAUAAACUCUGUGCGUAUAAGUAGUGCAGAACAUGUGACUGUAAAUUCAGUAGUUUCUGUUGACGUGUCAAAUACCAAAUUUGGAGGAUCAUAUACAUUCACCAAUUUUAAUGCAAUCCAAAUGGCUACCUUUUUGGGAGAAGUGAAAAUAACAUGUCCAGUAAAUUCCGCGUCAUUCACAAUUACAAUAUUGGGUAAUGGAGUUAUAAGUAAUUGUCCCAAUGUGAUCCACAAUUCAAUAAAUGAUGUAACACUCAAUCAAGUGCCAAAAGUUACAAUUCAAAAUAAUGGAAUUUUUACACUCAACAGCGAUCAGAAAAAUCUUGCUGUUACCUUUGAGAAUACAAACUUUAACAAGACAAUUACCUUGGAUGUCGAACUUGAAACUUUGGAUAUCAACAACGCUGAGUCGUUAACAACUACCGAUUUUGUAUUGUUCUUAUUAUCAAAACCAGUAUCGAAGGGAACUAUAUCUCCAUUAAGUUAUAAAUGUAACAAAAUGAAUAUUGUCAGUGGAAGCCCUUCCUUUUUCUCGUGUUCAGACUUUGAAUUUUCUGCUGAAUAUAUCACUAAUACACCAAAAUACACCCCUUCAGCUGGAUGUAAGGAACCUUCUGAUGUUAACUGCAUUGCUCAUGUGACAAUAGAUGCGACAACCCAACUUGAAUCAUUUGACCUUUCAAGUUUGAAUUCAAGAACAGUGAUAUUGACUGUGAACGUUGAAAAGGUAGUUUCUGUGACAUUAGAUAAAAACGUUAAGAAUUUUACAGUCAUUGGUAGAAUGAGAGAGUCAAAACCCAUUUCAGGUGUCAUUCUGUCAGCAAGUUUACCAGAGUACACCUUUGUCAAAAGUGCAAAUUUGACAGCAUUUAAUAAACAGGAAAUCGUGAUUUCACACGUCGUCUAUUUAAAUUCUGAUGAAAAUUCAAUUGUUGAAAUCACAAAGUUGAAUAUCAACUUUUGGGAAUUCAACUGCAGACACAUUAAAUUAUCUGAAGUUGUUGGAAACGUGUAUUCACCCAUUGAAGUCACUGAAUUGAUAUCAUAUCAAACACAAUUGUUUGUUUAUCAAUCAAUACGUGUUGAAUCGUUGAAUAUCAUACAAUCGUAUGCAAAUAAGCCACUCUUCUACUGUAAUCAGAACAUAGAGAGUAUUACUAUUUUGGAUAUCUUGGACGCUAAUACAGACACUUGCAAAAUUGUGGCCGAUUAUCUUCUUGUCUCGGUGAAACCAGUGGUGAAUAGUGAAAUAUCUCCAUUCACUAAAAACAACAGAAUAUAUGUAGGGAAAUGCACAUUUGAAUUUACACAAUGCACUUUAACUCCAACACAAAAGGAACGCAUUGACAUGCAUGAGUCGAGUAAUUAUGAAUAUAUUUCAUUGUGUCCAAACAGUACUGUAAUCACCGAUUUGUCCACAGCGAGUUAUGAAGGUGGGGUCACUGUCUUUGGAAUAUCAGACAAGUCAUACAAACAAAUUAAACUUCCAAAUAAAGCAACUUUGCAGUCGUCUGCAACCACUUCAAUUGAAAUCAAACAACUCACUUUUGGUGAUGAAAUUACCUUUGAGAGUCCAUACUCAAUUUUGUUGUUGAAUUCCAUUAAAACAGAAAAUGUCAAAAUACAUGUGAACGCCCAUACACUCAUCAAACAAUUUGACUUAAAAAGUAUCCCAGAAAUCACUAUCAAACAAGGUGUUACACUGACUUACUCGGAAUUGACACCAAUAGAAUCACAAUUGAGUGUUCUCAAAGUAUUUGGAAAUGAUAAAGCAUUGAUUGGAAACACCCUUACUCUCACUGUCACUGACUUGACUUUUGAAACGUUGUCAUCAACAAAUUCAAUCAUCAAUGUAAAUAAAUUCAACUUGGAAGGUCUUAAUAUCAAAUUUCCAUCCGAAACCACAACAAAACAUAUUCCACUUAUCAACACGUUACUUCCUAUGAGUAGCACGUCUCUGCCUACAGACACCACACUUGUAUGUAAUUACAAAACAUUGAUAUACAAAUCAACAUCAACAUCUGCUUUUCAGUGCCCUGAUGAUGUACUUUGCACAGUUACUGACACGGAAAAUUGUCAUAGAAAAGACACCAAUAAAGACUAUAAACAGAGAUAUAAUAUCGAAAUUUCAACUGCUGCGAAUAGUGUGGUUAUACUCGAAGACAAUGCAGAAAAGACAAAGGAUUAUGAUAUUGUCAACGUGAAACAGGACGGCGUGACAAUUCAAAUCAUGAAAGGAGGCAUUUAUACAUUGAACGUGCAUGCGAGUGGAGUUAAAGUGACGUGUAUUGGUGAUGAUGCAGACAGUAACAAAUGUACAAUUGUUGUCAAUACUUAUGUUGAUACAAAUCAAAUCAAUUUACUUGGAAAGAACAUCAUUUUGGAGGAAGACCUCAAUAUUGAUAAUGUAAUAUCUUAUGUCAAAAUAACAGGAGAUGUAUCUGUAAGUACAUUUGAAGCAACACAAAUGUAUAUUGAAAUGGUUGAAAAUGGCAUCUUAAGAGUAAAACAAUAUGCAUCUUUUGGAUCGCUUUUACUUGUAAAGAAUUCACACAUUUAUGCAUUUGAAUCGUUUGAUACUUCACUCUUACAAUACUUGGGUGGUGAAAUUGUAUUUGAUGCAUCAGACAACCAGGCCGUUUUGAACGUAAACAGAUUUGAAGUGAACACUAAAAUUGUACAAUUGGCAAAAGAUCAAUGCAUCACUCCAAUUAUUAGAAAGGCGUUUACAAAUGGUGAACCUGUGGAGACAAACAACGUUCCAGAACUAGUGUGGAAAGGUUCGGUAACGUUCACAGAACAGGGGACAAUGGUGUAUUACGACUGUGGGUUUUCAAAACUUGAAUUAUGUGGAAGUGCAACAACUCAACAUACAUGUGACGCUAUUAAUUGUAAUGUUGAAGACGCUGAAACUAGACAAAUAUGUUACUGCACCUUUAAUCCUGUUAUUCAACAAGAUUGUAUUCUCUCUUGUCCCAUCGAUUCAACUCAGACGUGUGUAUUUAAUCCAAGUCAGUCGACAGCUUCCCUCUUUAAUGACAUUGAAAUUAAUAAAGACUACAUAUUGAAAAUAGAUAAAUUGUUCAGGUACUUUGUUAUGUCAAUGAGUCAAAAAUUGAACAUAGUUGCAACAAAGUCGGUGAAUAUCUAUCAAAUCACAGACGAAAAAGAUAAAACAGCGGGGGAAAUAACAAUUGACUCAACCGCGGAUGUUUCAAUAGAUUCAAUAAGAUUAACGCAAUCGGGUUCAAAACUUAUUAUCAAAGCUAAUUCUCUACUUGUUAGAGAGAUAUACAUCGAAAAUGAAGUCACUUUAAAUAUCAAUGCACCAAUCACUUUAAUGGACACUUCAAGCAAUUUUAAUUUUGAUGAAGGUGCUGCUAUCCCAAAUGUCACUCGUCAAAUUUACUUUGGAAAAGACGCGAUAAUCAAUUUAUAUGAAAACGCAUACUUUACUAUUCAAGGUCCAAUUAUCAAAGAUCCAAUUACGAACAAGUUUGAUGCAACAUACAACAAGUUAACUCUUGAAGAAUGCACUGUCACUUUAGAUGCUGAUUACAUUGGGAAAGUCACAAAGAAUUAUCCAAACGUUGUGUUUAACUUUGAGGUGAUUGGAGAAGUAAUUGUCAACAAGGCAACAGUGAAGUAUAAUGAUGAUGGAAAAGGUGAUAAGAAUGUUACUCUCAUAUUGAAUAACGAUGUUUCACAUAUAACAAUAACCGAAUUUGAAACAAAGAACGUUAUUGAUGAUCAGAACUAUGCACUCAUCAUUGGACAGUCAAAUGCCGUCUUGGACAAAACCGCAAUACCCGAGUUGUCAUGUUACAUCUCAAAAGAAUUUACUGGUAAAGUCAAUGAACAAACGCAGUGGGAAAGAAGUCAAUGUCCCUGUGAUGGAGAGACGUGUAUAGUCAACACUGAACUUACAACAACACCAGUCACUUAUGAAGUUAAUGAUUUGACCUUUGCAAAGUAUUACACAACAAAUGGAAUACUUUAUGGGUCGAAUGCAAAUAUCAGUGAAUUGAUUUCUCUUGGUGGAACCACAGAAAUUAAAGUGACAAACUCGAUGAUAGAAAUGGUAAUAAUGGAAAAGAGGGGAAGUAUAUCAUUCUCUAAACCAAUGAUGGUGCCAACAAUCAAUGGAAUAGAAGAGUCUGGAACAAUUGAUGUGAAAACACACUCUUUAACAACAAAAAGCAUUACCAAUGUCGACUUGUCUAUUUCGACUGGUUCGAUAUUACUCGAGAAGGGAACAAAAGGCAACUUCAAUGGAAGAACAAUCACAGUCGCUGCAAGUGGAAGACUCGACAUAUACUCUUCGCAAAUAAUAUUUGAUGAUAAAACUAUUUUUAAUAUGCAAGUCGAGGCAGGACAACCCGCUUUAAUCUCAGUUGAUGACGAUGCACUUGGUGACACACUGUCUAUCACAACGGCACAUUUCAAAGUCACGAUACCAAGUGGUUCAAGUGGUAAAGUGUUCACUGUUCUUCGUGUGUUGACACCUAUCAACAUUGCAAACUUUGAGUUCACAGAAGACUCGACAACACCGGGUGGAAGUGUAAAAACACAAAUAAAAAGUGGAACAUUUGCAUUCAAGGAAGCAUGCUAUGGUGUUGUAUUGACCGACUUGCCUAAUGACCAGAUCACGUGUCCAGAAGAUCGAAUGGCCCGUGUUGUUGAGAAGUCUGAGUUCCCGAUGUACAUGAUAGCAGUCAUCGUCAUCUUUAUAUUGAUACUUGCUGUCAUUGUUGCAUUUCUGAUUGCUUAUGUGGUCCACGUCUAUAUUGUCAGAAGAAAGAACAUGAAAGUCUUUGAAGAAGGGGAAGAGAUUGCUGUUGAUGAGAAGAAGCAGGACGAGGAAAUUAAAAACGAAGACAACAAGCCAAUUGCAACUCCACACAAUCAAGAAUAA